AGCCGGACACCAGGCGGAAGUGGGUUGUUUUUGAAAUAAUCCCGUGAGUAGAAAGGUUGUGUUUCUUUGUGUGUGUACUGAGUUUAUAGACGACUGUGUCGUGUCGUCAGGUAAAACUUUGAGCUGUUGAAGUAACAAUGUCUUCAACUGAGAAUUUGUCAGAGUCGAUCGUCGAGCCAAUAACUGCUGCUCCCAAAGGGAUAUUUGAGAGAACUGUCGUCCAGUCCGAAGAAGACAUCGAUCAUCAGAGCAGACUGCUGGAUGUCACCUUGAAACCCGAGAUGAAAAUAAGCAAAAUAGAACUCCCACAGCAGCAUGUAGGCACAAAGGAGGAGAUUCUUACUGAGCAGCAGCUCUGUAACCAGGAGAGGAACUCCAGCCUGGACCAGGAGGAACCAGAACCCCCACAGAUGAAAGAAGAACAGGGGGAAACAGAACCUCCACAGAUGAAAGAGGAACAGGAGGAACCAGGACCUCCACGUGUCAAAGAGGAACAGGAGGAACCAGAACUUAUACAGAUUAAAGAGGAACAGGAGGAACCAGAACUUAUACAGAUUAAAGAGGAACAGGAGGAACCAGGACCUGUACAGGUUAAAGAGGAACAGGAGGAACUCUGCAGCCAUCGCUGGGAAGAACAUUUUAUAUUGAAACAUGAGGCUGAUUCCUUGAUGGAGACUCCUACUGAUGAAGAAAGUGAGCACAGUGAACCAGAAUCAAACAGUGACCAGCUCCUCUCUCAAAACUCUCUUUUAGCUGAGAGCCAAGAUCAGGAAGAGCUGAAGAAAGGUCACAGAGACAUAAGUCACAGUAACAAUGUAGCCAGCUCUCCCAUGUCAGAGAGUUGGCGUGAUACUGACACAAAGUAUAUAACAUGUGACGUCUGUGGAAAAGCCUUUAAGAACACUUAUAUAAUGAGGAGACAUUACAAACUCCACACUGGUGAGACACUGAAUCUUCACAAUACAUGUGGUAAAAGUUUGCCAAAGGGAAGUGAUUUGAUUUUGCUCAACAGUAUUCACCCAGGUGGGAAGCCAUAUCCUUGCGAAACAUGUGGGAAAAGUUUCAGUCAAAAUAGGGAUUUGACUACACACAUGAGGACUCACACAGGUGAGAAGCUGUACAGUUGUAACUUAUGUGAUAAAACCUUUGCUCAAUGUACUUCUUUAGCUAAACACAAGAGGAAUCACACAGGUGAGAAGCCAUAUGGUUGUGACACAUGUGGGAAAACCUUCAGUCAAAGAAGUACUUUAAUUGAACACAUGAGGACUCACACAGGUGAGAAACCAUACAGUUGUGAUACAUGUGGUAAAACUUUCACACAAAGUAAUCAUUUAUCGAAACACAUGAGGAGUCACACAGGUGAGAAGCCAUUCUCUUGUAAGACAUGUGGGAAACGAUUCAGUUACAAUAAUGUUUUGACUAGUCACAUGAGGACUCACACAGGUGAAAAGCCGUACAGUUGUGACACAUGUGGUAAAACCUUCACUCAAAGGAAUCAUUUAUUGAACCACAUGAGGAUUCACACAGGUGAGAAGCCAUUCUCUUGCAAGAUAUGUGGGAAACGUUUUGGUCAAAAUACUGUUUUGACUAAGCACAUGAGGAUUCACACAGGUGAGAAGCCAUAUGGUUGUGACAUGUGUGGUAAAGCCUUCAAUCAAAGAGGUACUUUAACGGACCACAUGAGGAUUCACACAGGUGAGAAGCCGUCCUCUUGUAAGACAUGUGGGAAAUGUUUCAGUCAAAAUAGUGCUUUGACUAAGCACAUGAGAACUCACACAGGUGAGAAACCAUAUGGUUGUGAGACAUGUGGUAAAAGCUUCACUGUAAGUACUACCUUAACGAAACACAUGAGGACUCACACAGGUGAGAAGCCAUUCUCUUGCAAGACAUGUGGGAAAUGUUUCACCCAAAAGAGUGUGUUGAAUAAGCACAUGAGGACUCACACAGGUGAGAAGCCAUACGGUUGUGACAUGUGUAAUAAAACCUUUAGCCUAAGUAGUACUUUAACAAAGCACAUGAAGACUCAUGCAGGUGACAAGCUGUCAUUCUGACAAUUCAUCUUAUUCUUUUCUGAGAUGUUGAAAUAAGGUUUUGACUUUUGUGGGCUCAUUUUUAAGUAUAGCUUACAAUUAAUGUAACAAAUUUUCUUUUUAUGUGAAAUAGUAUUUAUUUAAUGACACACUUCACAGAGAUUGGAUUCUAUGUUUAAGUUCAUUGAUUUGACCGAUCAGAGUUUCUGUCUGAGAAUGUCCUGGAACCACUCCUAAGCUAAGCGUCUGUUGUAACCAGUACCAUUUUACUACCACCUAUUUUGUUAAUGUAAAGAUUGUGCAGAAGCCAUGGGGCAACAACAUGAUGAGACAACCAGACUGUUUUAAUGGCAGCAACUCAAAGAAUCUGGUUAACUCUUCCAGAGACUGUACUACCAUGUAAAGAAACUGACAAUGUAUCCGUGACUUUUUUGCAUGUCAAACUUUGUGAGGUUGGUUUAGGACAUCUGGUUCCGAGCCACUGUCAAACUGUACAUUCAAUUUCAGGCUGGUAAACUCUGCAGUGGAUAUGUGGUGAAUCUUCCAAAACCAAAGACCAAAGUUUUACAGCGACGACAUUUUUAUUGGUG